CGUGUGAAUAGGGGAAGAAGAAGCAGAAGGAAGAAGGGAACAUGUCUGCUACUUGCGUGCAGAUGUGCAAUGAAAUCAAUUAAUUAGAAAUGUGUAACUAUGUUUAAUUAAACGGUCUCAGUGCUCGGCUCUUUUGUGAUAUGGGGAGCUUCGCCUAUCAUGUGUCAUCACAUGAGCUUCUCAUACCACCAGAGAUGACCAUUACUACAUCUGGUUCUUCUAUAUGCCAUAGAUUAGCUAAAUUCCUGAACAUAAAUCCAAAAUUCUUCAUACUCAUCUUAUUUGGACUUGUUUUAUUCUACAUUCCUGCUUAUCACCAAUUAGCUCAACCUCAAAUCCGUGAUGAGGAGCUUGAUGGCUGGCCCAGAAAUGGCACAAGAGAUGUCCGAUUAUUCAUCCAACCUGAAAAUGUGACAACUAUUUUAUCAACAACUGUCUGUGAUGGACGUCAGCCGUUUCUUGUUGUAGUGGUGUGCUCAGCAGUCCAGAAUUUCGAAGCUCGCAAAGUUAUUCGUGAAACAUGGGCAUCCUCUGGAAGUACUGUAGGCAAGGAAUCUAAUCGAAGCAAUGAAGUCCUUGAAGAUCCACCUAAAGAUGUCUUUGUUGUGUUUUUGCUCGGAGACCCAGACAACGCUACAUUGCAAUCAAUUGUGGAAGAAGAGAGCCGGAGAUAUGGUGAUAUUGUACAAGAGGGAUUUAUUGAUUCGUACAACAAUCUUACCGUUAAGUCUGUCAUGCUCUUAAAAUGGGUAACUCAAAGGUGUAGUAAUGCUCUUUAUGUCAUGAAAACUGACGAUGACACCAUGGUCAGUUUAGCAUCGCUUCAGUCAUUUCUGAUGUUACAUCAAGCCUCAAUUGCCAAACCCAAUUCUCGAAAAGUUCCUUUGUUGACUGGAAAUCUCAUUUGUGGUGCCAAACCAAUCUUGGAUUCUACUGACAAGUGGUACAUGCCAAGGUAUAUUUUUUCUGGACGGACUUAUCCAAACUACUUGUCAGGCUCUGGUUACGUAAUGUCUCAAGAGGCUGUGCAGGCCUUGUACGAUGCCGCGCAGAGGGUUUCACUCAUUCCCCUGGAAGAUGUGUACAUCACAGGACAGUGUGCUGUGUUUGCUGGUAUUCGUCCUGCUGGUCAUCCAGGGUUUAGUUUGGGUAAACGGCCCAUGUCAACGUGCUCUUUAGGAAAUCCACAGGUGAUAACAACACAUCGGCUGAACCCAAGAGAAUUGAAAGAGGCAUGGGAUCUUUCUCGAAUGUCUACAGCUCACUGUAAUAAGACAGUUCCUGCUUCAACUCCUGCUGCUGCAUCGCAGACUUACCUUCGGGGCUCCAUGUUUGGAAGGAAACAACGUCACAUCUUUAACUCUCGGCGAGGUCAUGGAUGUUUUUAAGAAUGGAGAUGGGUUUAACUUGUCUGAAAAUGAGGAUCUGCUUAAUGGUGUUGCUGCAGCUCUGUGAUUCUACUAUUCUGUUUGGUUGGUGGUGAUGAGUGUCUUGAUCAAGGCAUCCUCUUUAUUUGUUUAGGGAGAAUCUUUUUUCUUUUUGAGAUAGCUGUGCUUAUCUUCCUCAGCUCCCUACUGUUCCAUUUUUACCAGUUUGUAUUGAAACAGGAAAAUAGCCAAAAAGAGCAUUAAUACCAUUUGUAUGAAUCUCAUUUCCAUGUUCCAUUACUUUUGUUGUUUUUAUUAAUUAUAGUGGAACACUGGUGAUUGUAACAGUAGGCCCUCCAGUUCCCACGUUCAGCUUCAUUGCUUAAUUUUAAUAAUGUUGUUUGUAUUCAUUCAUAUAAUCUUUUCUAAUGUUCUCCAUUUUUUUAAUGCAGUAUUAUUUGCCAUUGAUCUUGUUAUUGUUUUUUCUCUUAGCAUCUUUUGUAGCCCAGCAUUAGGGUCAGGGCUUUGCAGAGGUAUUAAUGCCUAGUCAUCCAAACCACAGUUUCCAUUUUUUUUAAAUUUGUGACUCCCUUGUUUAUUAUUUUGUGUAGUGUAGGUACGUAAUUGUCUUGUUAAUGCUCAAUGCAAUGCAUAAUGUCCUGCGAAUGGCAUUUGUUGUUAUCUACUAUGUAUGAUCAACAACCGUCCACAUCCCCAACCCUGCCUGUGAAAUUCUUAUUGAUAUUUAUGUGUAAAUCUUUAAAACAUUAAUGGAGUACUGUACUGUUAUAAUUUGAUGAGUAUUCUUUCUUUGCUAUUUUGAGAGUUCAACCUGAGUUUGAUUAGAAGUUAUGUAGCUCAAUCUUGAAAAUAGUCUAUUUUUGAUCUUAAUGUUAUCCCUCAGAAUUUGCCCUAAUUUUUAGAUAGAUUUAUGGUAAUGAUUGACUUGAGGGGAGAUUUCUCCCAUGUUAUGAAUGAAGUGAUUGAGGUGACUUGAACUGCUCUUGCCGUAAUCAUUGUAUACCAUGAGAUUUCUCAUAACUUUUUAGUUAGACUGCUUUUACUUAUUAUUCACUACCUGCUACUCAAUAAUUUUUGCUUUUGCAAUUUUUCUAGUCUUGAAUUCUUAUUUAUUUAUGUUUAGUGUUGUAGUUUAUUCAAAUUUCUAAUUUUUUUGAACAUUUAUUGAGCCCUUGUUUUUGUCAUCUUAAAAAUGUUGUACUUAAAACAUCUCCUAGGUAUUUUGAGAAAUUGUGUCUGUUGUCCUUUAUAUGAAUUUUUUACUAGAUGUAGAAUCUCCCUUUUUGUGCCUUUUGCAACUCAUUUUUUGUAGUGUGUGCCUUUUCCCCUCCCUGUUUGAUGUUUUAAAAGGAUUUCAUCUUAGGUCACUAGUCAUUCAGUUAUUGAAUUGGAGUCUUUUGGUACUAGUAAUUAUUCACAAAGACUAUUGAAUAUUUUGUGAGGAGGUUCAAAUGUGUGCUUUCGUUCAUCAUCUUAGUAGCGUUUUCACUAUAGUAAAUGAAAUAAUCUCGUGAAAAGACUGUUGCAUGUCUGAGUGGGUUUUGGUGAAGCUUGUUGCAUGUGUUGAUAUUUCUCUAGUGCCACUGAACAAUACUAGGAAAAUUCCAGUCAAUUUUUAUUAUCUGUUCUUUUAUGAAACAAUCUUUUGGUCUAGUUUGGCCCCCAUUGCUUUGCGGUAUGGGUUCCUGCUUCUGUUAUCGCUUUUGCCAUAAGAAUGUGUCCUGAAAAACUUAAUCAAUCCAGCCCAAUUAAUUGGCAUGUAUAUUUUGUUAAACAUUGCUCUUUGUCAAGUGAUUUCAAAUGGUGACUCUGACUCCAUUAGCGUUUUUCAUGUAAGUAAUGUGCGUAUUGUGUGUGUACUGAUGCAAUGAAAAAAAAAGCCUGUGAAGCCUUAGGUCACAUGUUGCCUUUAAUAGAAUAUAUGUCUCAACCUAGUAAAUUUUGAUCACUGUAAAAAAAAUGUGCUUUUUUAAAUAAUGAAGUCAGAAAUGUCUUAUUACUCUAGGAGUGUAAUGCCAUUCCUACCUCUAAUUUGUUUGUUGUUUUUCUUCCAUUCAUAAGUUCACAUUAUGUAUUGUCAUGGCUCUGUAUUCUCGUAUAGCGCACAAAUUUAAAGUAAAGUUGAGAUGACUUAUCAUUCUCAAAACUUUAGAUUCUAUUUUAGAAUUUAAUCAUUGUUUCUUUCAAGCAGUGUUGUGUAGAUAUGACCAAAGAGAAUUAUUGGACCUCAUUGUGAAUGUUUCCAAUCCAAUUAUGACUCUAGUUACCUUCAUCUGUAAUAUCACAGGGCAUUUCUCCUGGGGUCAUAGGAGGAUAUUGAGUGCUUUGUCACAAUCAGGAGAGAUUAGGCUGAUUACUGUGUUGUUGGUCUUUCAUUUUAAAGAAAAGGAGGUCACUUUGUUACUGGAAGAUGACCUAAACAUUUGCCCUGAAUAUUAUGAUUGGAAUCUUUGUCCAGAAUGUCAUACAUCUUGCUCAUUUGUUAUCCUCCUGCUUUUAAAAUUUUACGAGGAAUUGAGCUGUACUGACAUGUGUAGAACUGUGAUAUUCUUCGGCCAUACUUCACUAUGUUUAGACAUUAAUGUAGAAAUUGAGUUGGUGGUUUGUAUUAGAAUUGUCAGGUGAGCCAUUGUUGUUGACCUGGUCAAUGUUUUGAAGGUGGUUUGUUACUGACACCUUAUGCUUACCAAGUUUGAAAGUUCAUAAAGUAAUUGGAACCAUUUCCCUGUUGAUAUGCAAUAUAGUUUGGAUCUGUUUUGCUUGUUUAGUUUCUUUAAAAUUUGGGUUUUUUGUUUUGAUUUUGUGGCUUUCUCGUAUGAAUACAAAGUAAUUUAGAGAUCAUAUCAUCAUUUUUAUGAUAUUAUUUCCAAUUAUGAUUUGUUUAUUUCCGUCAAAUCAAGAAAGGUAGAUUGUUCUUCACUAGGCCUUCUCAUGUUUAAACAUUCAUGUUUUUUCUUGUUUGUUUCGUGAAGUGUUCUUGCAACACUCACAGAUUUAGUACCUGUGUAACAGUCAUUAUGGUGUCAUAUCAUGGUGGAACAAAUUGUGCACUAUAAACAAACUGAAGUAAUCUGUAGAGAGUGGUUGUUUAGGAGAAAGCUAAUUGAGGAACGGCAAGGUUUUGUCUCCUAUUAGCCUUAAGUUCUCUCUGAUCUGUUUCUCUUUCAACAGUUUCUGUUUCUUUUUUAAAUUAUUCUUGUUUUGGUAUCUUACUACUAAAAUGCAUUACUUGUGUAGACUUACUGAUUUUAUUAACUAUCGGAUGUGGUUUGCAGUCUUUUGAAAUUUUGACAGUCCAUUUCAUUCCCCUAUGGAACAUAUUUACUCAACAGAGAAACUUAGCUUUGCUGUCAAGUAUACCAUUUGGGUCUGCUAAGUAUUUCAUUACGUUUGGUCGGUCUUAUCCUAGUAGAACGUGUCUCUGUUUUGAAAUUGUGAACAGAUAGUGAUACAUAGAGAUACACAUUCCCCAUUCUUUUCUUGAAAUGGAUCAAUUUCCUUGACUUAAAUGGGGACUUGCAGAUCUGUUAAUCAUCAUUACAAGAAUCUAAAAAUUUUCUUAUCUUGUUGUCAUUGGCUUGUAUCAUGAUACAACCACUGCUAGGGACCUUGUUUUUCUGGUACAUCUCUUUCAAUCUUGCGGUUGAUUGUGUUGUCCCUAUUUUAGUGCUUUGAUGCUUGCUGUGAAUUCCCUGUUGUUGAGAUUGGUGGAGGUGGUAGCUGGCCAUUGAAUUGUCAAGUGCUCAAAUGUGAUUGCAUAGCAUCUGCAUGACUAAUCAGAAUAAUUUUUGCCCCUUAAUUAGAAGAUUAAUCUUGUUAAUGCUGAAACAUCAACUAAUUGACUGUGAUGGUUUUGUUGUUCGUAGUUGGUCACAAUUGUCUUGUGAGCAGUGAAUGUUAAUAAUAUAUUUAUUGAAAAGCUA